CCAUAAUUAAUAAAAUAAAAUAUUUGAGAAACUAAACAAUUAUGAACAUACCUAAAAAUUCUCCUUAAACAAGUAACUAACAUAGGAAGAAGUUAUUUAAAAAAAUGUAAAACCUGAAACUUUACUGCAAAGCAAAAAAAACGAGAAAGUAAUAGAAAAAAGGAUAAAAUAGAAAUAUAUUAAAAAAUCAGUCAAAAUGAGUCUAAUAAAAUGUACGCAAAUGAAUUCUAGAAUAUUACUAAAUAUGUGUAAAUACGAUUCUCCUAGAUUUUUAACUAGAGAAUAUUCUUACAAAACAAUUAAAAGACCAGAUCCAAGAACUCUGAAGAUGCCGACGCCGGAAUCUGCUCCGAAUUUAAUAGAAAUAAUAAAAGAAAAAAUAAGAUUAAAUGGACCUAUAACCGUUGCUGAAUAUAUGCAUAUAGUAACUACUAAUCCUACUGAAGGGUAUUAUAUGAAAAAGGAAGUAAUUGGGGAAGCUGGUGAUUUCAUAACUUCACCGGAAAUCAGUCAGCUAUUUGGUGAAAUUUUAGGUAUUUGGUUUUAUGCUGAAACACAGAAAAUGUGUGAAGCGAAACCACUACAGAUAGUUGAACUUGGUCCAGGAAAAGCAACAUUACUAAUUGAUAUGUUGAGGGUUCUCAAUAAAAUUGGCUAUACAUCACACGAUUUAAGUAUACACCUAGUAGAAAUAUCAUCCACAAUGCAAUCUAUUCAAGCUAACAGACUCUGUGUAUCACAUAGACCUGUAGAAAUUGACAUGCCACAUAAUCAUGAGGGUGAAACACUCAGUGGUAUCAAAGUAUAUUGGUAUAAUGAUUUAAAGAAAGUACCACAAAACUUCUCAUGGUAUGUUGCACAUGAAUUUUUUGAUGUCCUCCCCAUACACAAGUUUGAAAAAACAGAAAAAGGUUGGAGAGAGCUUCUCAUUGACAUUGAUGACACUGGAAAGCUGCUAUACAGGUUGUCAGGUAAUGAGACUCAGGCCGUGAAGAUGCUUAUUCGGCCGCCCUUGGACUCUGGCGACAGAACCGAGUUAGAAAUCAGUGCAAGAAGCUUGGGUGUAGCACGACAACUGGCUAAAAGGGUGGAUGAGUAUGGUGGUUUAGCGCUCAUUGCUGAUUAUGGACAUGAGGGUGAAAAGGGGGAUACCUUUAGGGCUUUUCAAAAGCAUCAAAUUGUAGAUCCUCUUGAAACCCCAGGCAAGAGUGACUUGACUGCAGACGUUGACUUCUCACAACUUCGUAUAGCCGCUUCAAAGAAUCCUGGUGAAGAGAACUAUGCACUAGUUGUUGGACCAGUAAAGCAAAAAGAUUUUUUAGAACAAUGCCAAGGGGAAUUAAGGCUGCAGGUUCUUAUUGACGCAGCAAAAAAAGAUGAAGACAAAGAAAAGAUAAAAAGCGCUUACGAAAUGCUAGUCGAUCCAAACAAAAUGGGAGAAAGAUUUAAAUUUAUGGCAUUCUAUCCUUCGACUAUGGCGUCAAUUCUCGCAAAGUACCCACCCCUAGGUUUUUCAAAUCUAAAACCAUAGCCAUUUAAAAUAAAAUUAAUGAAA